GGCAAACGACAGCGGUUGAUUGGCUACAAGCAUCACGUGACUCACGUUCAUUGGUGGAAAUCUUGAUAGAAAUGUGCGAAACCUUGGCGGCCGCGGGAUUUUCAAAGUUCCUUGUUCUACUGGGUUACGCACAUAGAACAAAUCUGGACCAAUAAUAUUUAUCAACAUUUUAAACGGCUUUAAUUAGUUGUUGGUGUAUACGUUUUUUUUAGGUCUGAAAUGGAUGUUUUAGAUUCGUCAGUGCUGUCUAACUCCCCCCUGAAAUGCCGUGGACAAAUUCAAGUCAUCUUUGGACCCAUGUUUUCAGGAAAAAGCACUGAGCUGCUGAGACGUGUCCGCCGCUUCCAGGUGGCUCAGUACAAAUGCCUGGUGAUCAAAUACGCCGGAGACACACGUUAUUCCGACACAGGAGUGGCCACACAUGACAAAAACACCAUGGAGGCCAUUCCUGCCAACUCUCUGAGCGACGUUCGAGCUGCGGCGUUGAAGGCCUGCGUCAUUGGAAUCGAUGAGGGACAGUUUUUUCCAGACACUGUGGAGUUUAGUGAGGAGAUGGCGAAUCUGGGGAAAACGGUCAUUGUAGCUGCUUUGGAUGCAACCUUCCAGAGGAAGCCGUUUGGGAACAUCCUGAGCCUGGUUCCUCUGGCAGAGAGCGUGGUGAAGCUGCACGCCGUCUGCAUGCAGUGCUACAGAGAAGCUGCCUACACCAAGAGGAUUGGAGUGGAGAAGGAGGUGGAGGUGAUUGGAGGAGCUGACAAAUACCAGGCGGUGUGCAGGACGUGCUAUGGAGGACAAGAGGACAAAGAGAACACGAGAAAAACUCCAAUCAGAGCAGGAAAAGAAGUGGAGGCCAGUCUUCCUCGGAAGGUCUUCUCCCACCUCCACCUGUGACGACGAGAGCAGCACCUCUGUUCUGGUUUAAAGUGGACAAUCAGCCGAUCAUUUUCUGUGUAUUUUUUAUUCAUUUACAUGAAGCACUUAUGGAGUGGUGUAAUUUUAGCUUUUAAGUGUUAAGUUAUUUUUAUAAACGAUUUUUUCAUCAUGAAAUGUCAUGUAUUUUAGGUCAAGAGUAAAGUUUUAGUCGUCAAACUGA